AUGAAUGGCAUGACGUGGCAAUCAAGUUUCUCUGCCAAUGAGCGAAUGGGCAAAACCUUGGACUUAAUAUCUAAUAUCUCCCUGGCAAUGGGUGGCCUCGAUUACAACCGGGCGACUGAUUUUGGUUGCCAAUUCGAGCGAGAAGUGUUUCACAAAUCAGCUACAAAAGAGCAAUACGACCAAGCCAUGGCUGGCAAAAUCAUGGACUUUUUCAAGAAGCGACAAGCAAAUGAGCCUAACCUUCAGAAUAGCAUCAACGCCAACGCCCAAGCACAAGCCCAUGCUCAUGCUCAGGCCCAGGCUCAAGCUCAGGCACAGGCUCAGGCCCAAGCACAAGCCCAAGCACAGGCGCUGAUGUUGCAAGCUCAGAUAGGACGUGGUGCUGGGCAGGCUCCUCAACAGGGAUUUCAGCAUAUGCAAACCAUGCAGGGAAACCAGAUGCCCCAGCAGCAGCAGCCCCAGCAACCUCAACAGCCACUGUUUCAGCAACAACAACAAAUCGCCAUGGGCAUGGCAAAUCAAGGCGGCCGCGGCAUGGGGCCUAAUCAACAGGCCAUGGGCAUGCCGGGCGCUCCCAAUAGGCCAACACUCUCUGUUGAGAUGGCGAGGCUGGGACCUGCUGAUAGGACCAAGGUGAACGAACUUGCAACCAAGAUGAUGAACCAAGCUACGGAACAGCAGAGAGCCAGCACACGAAUGCACUUGCAAUCGAGGCUCAGCGCUCAGCAGCUUGCCGAAUUCCACGCCCAGGCAAAGGACCCCCUUCUUUGGUGGUACCAACAUCAGGCUUUUCAAGCUCUCAAGCAGUCGUCCCUGAACAGCCGAUUUCAGCAAGGUGGUCCUGUGAACCAAGCCAACCCUCAGGCCGCCAUGAUGCAGCAGCAGCAUAGCCAGCAAUCACUCCAACAGCAGAGGCAGAAUAUGAUCAAUGCUGACCCGCAGUCCAUCUCCGCUCACGAUUUUUCACAGUUUACUCCCAACAUGGAGAGCAUCAAGGAUCAGCAAAUGACCGGCCUAAUGGCCCAACAGGCGGGCCAAGUCGUCGUACCGGCAAGCAACGGCGCUGGAAGAAACGCCACUCCUCAGCCUGGAAACCAAAAUAUUCCCAACCAGCAGGUACAGAAUCAGACGCCUCGCGCCGGCCAGCAACAACAGCAGCCACAGCAGGCCAAGCUAAACCAAGCCGCUCAGCAGUCCCAGGCCUUGCAGGCUCAGGCACAAAUGAAGAUGCAGAAUCAGCAAAUGGGGCAAGGCAUGGCCACAUCGCAGAGCCCAGGCAUGAACACGCUGAAUACGCCCGUAACAAGGCCUGGUGGCAUCAACCCCAUGGCACAGCAGGGCAUGGGCCAAGCUGGCGUCCAAUUUGGUGACCAGCGGUUUCACCAAGGAAUCCAAAGGCCCAACAAUGCCGCGUUCAAUGCCAUGCUUGCCAACAUGACCCCGGAACAAAGGCAAGCCAUCAAUGGCCUCCCCCAGGAGAAGCUCACCGAGGUUCUGCGGCGGUGGCAGAGUCAGCGCCAGGAGCAGAUGCAAGCGAUGAAUGGGAACCAGAUGAUGCAGCAACAGAUGGCCAAUCGUCCUCCGAACCAGUUUGGUCCAAUGGGGGCCAACGUGGGCCCCGGUCCUCAGGCCAUGCCUCAAGGGAAUGGCGCUGGUGUAGGCAACCAGCAACAGACAAUGCAGAUGGGACGCAUGGGACCGCCGCAAGGCCCCCAGCUUGCGCUCUUGAUGGAUUCGAUGGAUUUGCCUCCCAACAUCAUCAACCAAAUCAAUGGCUUGCCCGUAGAGGUUAAGAAAUGGAGAGAUUUGAAGGCGUGGAUCACCCAGAACAACAACAACGUUCAACCACAUGUCCGCAAUCAGCUACUGGCUUUCCAGCAGAAGCAAUUCCAGGUCCUUAUGCAGAGGCGGGCGGGCAAUCUACCCCAGCAGCCCGGACAGGCUCUCAACAUGAAUUCAGGUAUUCCCAUGCAGAUGGCUGCUAACCAGCAAGCGAAUAUGCAGCGACCGAUGCCAGGCAAUAUACCGCCACAGCUGCUUCAGGUAUCAGCUCAGGAGAUGAUGCAUAUUCGCAGUCAGAAACCUGGGUUGGUCAACGUCCCCGACGAUCAACUCCGGAAUAUGAUUCUCCAGAUGAAGAGGACUAGCUGGCAGCAGCAGCAGCAGCAGUUGAGAGUCCAGCAGGUUCAGGCGGCGCAAGCUCAGGCUAACCAGCAACAACCUACGCCCAACCACAUGGCUGGGGUCCAAGGUCCUAUGAUGCUUCAGCAGCAGCAGCAGCAGCAGCAGCAGCAGCAGCCCCAACCCAAUCUCACUCCCCAAACUCAGGCGCAGACGAUGCCAAAUGCCAUGAGCCAGACUGCCUCGAUGCAAGCGAACAACCAGAAGCAGCAGCCAAAUGCAAACCAGACUCAGACGCGCAACAACCAACCCCAGCCCCCGAAGAAUCUCAAGCGUCCUAAUCCAGACGACAGUGCUGAUACUGCUGGCGCAAAGGCUCCUACACCCGUCGCACGACCGGCAGCGGCACCGCCACAGCCAGCCCAACAGCCAAUCCAGAGGAUGGGGCCCAAGUUCUCCAACUUUACACCGCUUACGCCUCAGCAGGAAGCAUCCUUGACUCCCGAACAGAGAGCUAGAUAUGAACAGAUCCUGAAGAACCACGGCAAGGUGCCGGCGGCCGCGAGCACAGGAGCUGCUGGCGAAUCCCUCAACCGCCUCAAGCUUAUUGGGCAAGAGGAGCAAAGGCAAUUCAGUCAAGAGCAGAUGGUGGAUAUUCCAAUGGGCCCCGAAGAAUAUGCGGAAACCGCGCAGAAGCUGAAGCGAAUCGUCUCGGACAUGAGCAAGGUCGGGCGUGGACUGAGCAAAUGGUACUCCAUCACACAAGAUGAUGCGCGUGCCAAGAUGUUCUUUAGAACUCGAUUGCGUAUCAUUAAGCAGCACGUAGAUGGCGAACAGAUGGAGGCAAUGAAGGAUGUGUUCAGCAUCCGCUCCUCCGAUCUGGACCAAGCUCGCGCUAUGCUUGAGAGUAUGGCCAAGGACUUGGCGGCCAGCGUCAUAGGCCGGCACAUGAUGAAGCCCGGUGCGCAGGCGCCAGGUCAGCAGCAGGGCCAACAACAAAUGAAGCAAUUAUCUCUACAGCAGCAGCAGCAGCAGCAGGCACAGCAGCAGGCCCAACAGCAGGCUCAGCAACAAGCUCAACAGGCUCAACAGGCUCAACAGCAGGCGCAGCAAAAGAACCAGCAAGCACACCCCGCUCCGUUGAACGCUGCCAACCUAGAGAAGAAUGCGCAGGCGUUGAACAAGUUGAAUCAGCAGAAGCAGGCCAACAAAGCAGGCCAGCCCCCGCCUGCGCCGACGACAACCCAACCGCCUUUCCCAUUCGGGGCAACUUCGCCUCAUGGUAACCCAAACUACAUGAGCAAGCCGAAGGACCUCAACCUGCAGCUACCGCCCGCUCGCAAGAAGCAAAAGAUUGCCAGUGGACAACAGUCUGGCCAGUCAUCUCAGGGAGCCACCCCCUCGCCACAGAUCGCAAAGAAUGUCUCCCCCGAUAUGCGCCGCCCUCAGGGCACCCCGAAGCCCGUCAUCCUCUGCACUGAGCCCGACUGCGACAUGUCUUAUGUUGGCUUCCAUACCGAGCAAGCACUACAGAAUCACAUCGAGGAAGAGCAUACCAAACCCAAGGAGGAUCCGGUCAAAUUCUUGCAAGAGAACCUGGCGCUGGCGUUGGGCUUGGAAAUUGACGGCAGCGUCAAAAGGGAGCAGAAGCCUGUGGAUGGUGCCCAAGCCAUGAGCGCAUCCACGUCGAAGCAGGGCCAGGGUUCCGGAAACCUUGCCGGCACGCCCAUGUCCCAGGAUGGCACAGGCAUGAAGAGGUCGGUCAGCUCAAUGAGCAAAGAUGCCAAGGCUGGUGUCAAGUCGGAUACAGGCGCAAAGCCCGGUGACGGCAAGCAGGCCAGUGACGUUGCGAAGGUGGAUCCAUGGGCCAGCUCGACCAUUGACCCUCAGACGUUACUCCAGAAUUUGGGGUUUGAACAUGGACUGCCAACUGCCAGCCAUGAUGCCAAGAUACUCAAGCUGCUCACGCCAAAGGGCACGCCAGACUCGGGCAAGGAGAGCGAGCCCAACAGUGAUAUUUCCGAAGGUGCUGCACUUGACAUUUCAAUGUUUUGGCACAGCCUGGACCGAGAUUACAUGGGAGACUUUCACGCUGCUAAUCAUGACGGAAGUCUGCCCGACGAAGCCUUGGCCUUGCUCAAACCAGUUCUAUUAAAUAGACGGCCGGGCGUUCCAGAUUGGGAUUCUAUCCAAACCGACUUUACAAAGCCGUUCGAAUUUGAUCUGAACCACUACUCGAUGGACUGCUGA